GCGACUCUGCGGCGAGCCUGAGCGCAGCGAGGCGGGACUUCCGGCGUUUGAAAAACUUCCGGCGGGAACCGGAAGAUGCGGUCACACACCCAGCAUCCCGGGCCUUCUGACUCGCCGGGCGGGAAGAUGUCAUCAUUGCCAAGAAGAGCAAAAGUAAAGGUCCAGGCUGUGGUAUCCAAAGAUGAAUUCUCUUCCUUGUCUGAGUUAUCAUCUGCCUCUGAAGAAGAUGACAAGGAAGAUAGUGCCUGGGAGCCCCAAAAGAAAGUCCCCAGAAGUCGUAAGCAGCCUGUUGCCAAGGAAUCCAAACCAAAGAGGGUGCCACGGGUGAAGAAGACCACCCUACAGAUCAAUGAUGGCUCAGAAGGCGUGGCUGUUAAGGAGGAGCUGAAUAACUCUGUGGCUAUUGCUGAUGUUGAUUUGGAAGACAAAAAAAUUAAAGUGGAUACCGUGAAGACUUUGAAGACAGCAAAGGCAAAACGGAAGAAUUCAGGUCAGUCACCUGCAGGUCAGAGGAUCAAAAAGCUGAAAGUUGAUGAAGAAUCCAACAGGGCCAGCACUGCAGAGACACCAUCCACAAGCACCUUGUGGGAAGGUGUGUGCAAGAAGGAAGAGAGCGAAGAUGACUUCACAUUUGGUCAGUCCCCUUUAAAGAAAAUGAAGACUGAAACAUGUCCUCAGGGGCAGCCUGUGAGGUUUCCAGCAAAUGCAAACAACAUUAAAGAGGAGGUGGAAAUGAACUGGGACAUAGUACAGGUUUUAUCUGAGAGAACUAAUAUUGAACUUUGGGUAUGUGCCAACAUUAUUCGUCUCUUUAAUGAUGAUAACACAAUUCCCUUCAUUAUACGGUAUCGAAAAGAGCUUAUUAAUAACCUUGAUGCUGAUUCCUUGAGAGAAGUUCGACAAACCCUAGAGGAGCUCCGGGCUGUUGCAAAGAAGGUUCAUAGUACAAUCCAAAAAAUUAAGAAGGAAGGGAAGAUGUCCGAGUGCUUGUUAAAAGCUUUGCUGAAUUGUAAAACUUUUGAAGAACUAGAACAUGUGUCAGCUCCAUAUAAAACUGGGAGCAAAGGCACCAAAGCCCAGAGAGCAAAGCAGUUGGGAUUAGAAGGAGCAGCCAAAACACUGCUUGAGAAUCCAGGGGAGCUCAGUCUGCUGUCUUAUAUUAGACCCAAUGUAAAAGGACUUUCAGCACUCCAGGAUAUUGAAACAGGAGUGCAGCAUAUUUUAGCAGACAUGAUUGCUAAAGACAAAGACACGCUUGACUUCAUUCGGAAAUUGUGCCAAAAUAGGUAUAUUUGUAUCCAAUCAUCUCUGGCAAAAGUGUCCUCAAAAAAAGUAAAUGAGAAAGAUGUUGAUAAGUUUCUGCUCUACCAGAAUUUUUCAUGCAACAUAAGAAACAUCCAGCAUCAUCAGAUUCUGGCAAUUAACCGUGGAGAAAAUUUGAAGAUACUGACUGUCAAAGUCAACAUUUCUGAUGGAGUGAAGAAUGAAUUCUGCAGGUGGUGCAUCCAAAACAGGUGGAGACCACGUGGCUUUGCAAGGCCAGAGUUAAUGAAGAUCUUACAUAAUUCACUCGAUGAUUCUUUUAAACGCCUUAUUUAUCCUCUUCUCUGUAGAGAGUUCAGAGCCAAACUAACAUCAGAUGCAGAGAAGGAAUCAGUGCUAAUGUUUGGACGGAACCUCCGUCAGCUCCUUUUAACAAGCCCUGUUCCAGGGCGCACCUUGAUGGGAGUGGAUCCUGGCUACAAACAUGGUUGCAAAUUGGCUAUAAUUUCUCCUACCAGUCAGAUACUGCAUACUGAUGUGGUUUACUUGCAUUGUGGACAAGGCUUCCGAGAGGCAGAGAAAAUAAAGAGACUUUUGCUGAAUUUCAACUGCAGCACGGUGGUGAUUGGAAAUGGAACUGCCUGCCGGGAAACAGAAGCUUACUUUGCUGACCUGAUAAUGAAAAAUUACUUUGCGCCACUGGAUGUUGUUUACUGUAUUGUCAGUGAAGCAGGGGCAUCAAUCUACAGUGUCAGCCCUGAAGCCAACAAGGAGAUGCCAGGGCUGGACCCUAAUUUGAGAAGUGCAGUUUCCAUAGCAAGGCGCGUACAAGACCCAUUAGCUGAGCUGGUGAAAAUCGAGCCGAAGCACAUUGGAGUUGGAAUGUACCAGCACGACGUAUCUCAGACUUUACUCAAGGCAACGCUGGACAGUGUUGUAGAGGAAUGUGUCAGCUUUGUGGGAGUGGAUAUUAACAUCUGUUCGGAAGUUUUGUUAAGGCAUAUUGCAGGACUCAAUGCCAACCGAGCCAAAAAUAUUAUUGAAUGGCGAGAGAAAAAUGGGCCCUUCAUCAACCGAGAACAGCUAAAGAAAGUGAAAGGUCUUGGUCCAAAGUCUUUCCAACAGUGUGCUGGCUUCAUCAGAAUCAACCAGGAUUAUAUUCGAACAUUUUGCAGUGGUCAGCAAACUGAAUCUGCCAGUCAAGUUCAGGAAGUUGCUGUGACAUCUUCAGCAGGUGUUGAGGUCACAAAUGAGAAGCAGGGCAAGAAGAAGAACAAAACUGCUGUGAAUGUUGUGCUGAAGCCAAAUCCUUUGGACCAAACUUGUAUUCACCCGGAAUCGUAUGACAUAGCGAUGAGGUUUUUGUCAUUCUUCAGAGGGACUCUGUGUGAGAUUGGAAAGCCUGAAAUGGAACAAAAAAUAAAUUCAUUCCUUGAAAAGGACGGAAUAGAGAAAAUUGCAGAAAGUUUGCAAACAACAGUUCACACCUUACAGGUCAUCAUAGAUGGUCUCAGCCAGCCUGAGAGCUUUGACUUUCGAACAGAUUUUGAUAAACCAGAUUUCAAGAGAAGCAUUGUCUGCUUGGAAGACCUGCAGGUUGGGACUGUUCUUACAGGCAAAGUUGAGAAUGCCACUCUGUUUGGAAUUUUUGUAGAUAUAGGAGUGGGGAGAUCAGGGCUGAUUCCCAUACGAAAUGUAACAGAAGCAAAACUUUCUAAAACAAAGAAGAGAAGGAGUCUUGGCCUAGGCCCUGGAGAAAGAGUAGAAGUCCAAGUACUCAACAUUGACAUCCCCCGAUCUAGGAUUACUCUGGACCUCAUUCGGGUGUUGUGAGUGUUGCAUUAAAGGUCAAACACCAAUUUUAUUUUUCUCAUUUCUAUAGAUGUUUAAGAAUAAGUCAGAUGUUUGUGAAUUCUAGGUAGUAGAUGAGAAAGAAUUCACUCAAUAUUUUGAGGUAUUUUUCAAACACUUUCCUUUUCCUUCUGAGUAAAUAGAAAACUAAGAGCUCAGUUACUUUUCCCCUUAAAGAAAACAGCUAAUGGACAUCCUUAUGUCAUUUUAUUUAGUAAUGGUUUUCUGACCCAAAUUUUAUUUUUUGUAGUUCAUCUUUGACUCCUUUUGCAUUUUGUAUUAUAAAGAUUCUUGUUUCAUUUCUACUUGCCAGCUUGCCUUGCUGGACUUGUAUGGAAUUGUGUUCUUGAUUUGAACUGUACAAUGUUUCUUGACAUAGUAGGGCAGGUGGUGGUUGACUCUUCCUUUUUAUAGAUUUUUUUAAUCAGGCCUUUUGGACUUGAUUCAUGAUUUUCUCUUGCCAAGGAAAUAAAAAUAUGCCUAUUAGAUAGAUCCUGAUGUGUUUGUAACCAUCAAGUGAAUGGCUCAAAACAUCGCUGAGAAGUAUAUAUAUGUAUUGAUCCCUACAAUAAAAUUCUGUGGCUAGUGA